AUCAUCAAAUCCAACAUCCUGAAUUUGCAGACUGGGAGAGCCUACAGUUAAGAAGUAGCUCAAGGGGCAGCGGAAAGAUGGCGGACGUGGCCGUGGGCAAGGACAAGUGUGGGGAGCAGCGGCUCAUGUCGCUGCCCCUGUCUCGCAUCCGGGUCAUCAUGAAGAGCUCCCCCGAGGUGUCCAGCAUCAACCAGGAAGCACUGGUGCUCACGGCCAAAGCCACGGAGCUCUUUGUUCAGUACUUAGCCACCUAUUCCUACAGACAUGAGAGUGGAAAAGAAAAGAAAGCACUGACUUAUAAUGACUUAGCGAAUACUGCAGAGGAAUCAGACACUUUUCAGUUUCUUGCAGAUAUAUUACCAAAGAAGAUUUUAGCUAGUAAGUACUUGAAAAUGCUUAAAGAGAAGGAGGAGGAGGAUGAGGACGAUGAAGGAAGUGACGAUGAUGAAGUGGAGUCCUAG